GUGAUCUUAAAUUUAUUACGUGAUUUGCCAAUUGUAAACAUAAGGGUGCGGAAAGAUUAGUGGAGAGGGGUUUUCGAACAAUAGAGAAGAUAGGAGAAAGCUGAAAGCUCCCAUUUCUCGUUUAUUAUGCUCAUCAUCCAUCUUGUAGUUUUAGACAUACUCAACCUUAUUAGUUUAUCGUUCUUUACUUAAAAAAGUUAUUGCACUAUAAGAUAAAAACGAGUGAUGGCAACAGAAGGCACAUUUUUCGACAUAACUUUACACAAAAUGAUUUGCAGUAAGGGGGAUUUUUCAUCGAUGUACGACAUAUCCCACGUAAACGGGCAAAUCAUGGCAACCUUAAAAAGAGUGAAUCAUUACCAACGCGGAACAGAAAUUUUUAUCAAACAUUUAGAAUCCGACGUUCUUCUACAAGAUAUUUUGGAGUUUGUUUUUCCCAUGGGGCAGAUAUACCAAAUUAGGAUUUUACUGGAAUUUAGUGGCCACUGUCGUGGAUAUUGCUAUGUGAAUUUUUUCGAAGUGGAAUCAGCUAGAAGAGCAAUGAUGGUUUUGUGCGGAUUGAAAGUCAAAAACACUCCCGUUGUAGUAAAAAUGUCGUUUGAUAACAACCGAUUGGAAAUUGCGAAUAUAUCGAAAGAGCAUACAGCCGAAGAGGUUUUCCAAGAACUUUCCAAGAUCAUCGGAAACGGACUGCAAGAAAUAUUUUUUAUAAGUUCAAAAGAUAUGAAAAAGGAUCGUUUAAAUUGUAUUUUAACUUUUAAUACGCACAAGAACGCUUUGGAGGCUAGAAAACGAUUAUUUAAUGGUUUAGAAUUAUUCGGAGAACACGUUAUGAUCGAUUGGGCAAUUCCAGAAGAAAAAAUUAAGUCAAAACGUGUCUAUUUUGAAGUUCCUUUACCAAAAUUGACUAAACCGGAUUUAUACGAAGAACUGAUCAAAGUGAUAAAACCGAAGCAUAUUCUAAACAUUUUUUUGCAAAAUGGAGUUGGUUACGUAACUUUCGAAAACGAAACGGUGGCAUUCGAUAGUUUUAAAUUGCUGAAGAAUAUCAAACUGUUUGGACACGAUUUCAAGCUUUCCUUCAGGAAAUUUUACCCCAGAUUGCCCAAUAUGGCUACAUCGUCUUCUCUUAGCGAAUGUUCAGAGUGUUCAGAUAAUCAGACGAGUGAAGACCGCAUUUCUGGUUCAUAUGAUUCAAUAAAUCAUGAAAAUAAUAAUUCUUCGGAGGCAUCAGGUUGUUCUUCAUUUUCGUCAAAUGAGAGUCCUAUAAUGCCUGUGAUGACCACUCAUGUCAGUCAGCACCCUUUCAUGCUAAGAACGGUACCAAAUAGCCCUGUAGUUUCUUUACAUCAAGAUAUCCCAAGAUACGUGCAAAAUUCUCAUAUUAUGGUGAAUUAUGGCAUGCCUGUUAGUGCUCCCGAACAUUAUCAAAUUUGCGGAGUGCCUUAUCCUUCUCCUUGUGAUUGUUGGGUGUCUCAAUACCCAAAUCAGAACCACUUUGUUGAACAACCAAUUAGAAUGGUCCAGUUGAACACAGGCAUACAUAGUAUGCCGGUAAAUUUUUUUCAAAUGACCCAGGACUUUUACAAACAUUUUCAUCAACAAUAAAAUUGACCCAAAAUUAAAAUAAAUUUUUAUAUCUAUUUUUUAAUGUUUCUAUUUGUUUUAAUUUUAUAUAUAGUCCAGUCAGCA